GGGCUCGACGCCCCUCUGCUCUGCUUGAGCUUAAAUUCAAAUCCUCCAGCAGAACCACCGGUCUGCCAUUGGUCAUUCGACUCUGCUUCCUGCACUUCUCUGUCGUCAGCCCAUCUCGCAAUAGCACUUCAGUAGUCAUGGCUGUCACAGUUCUCGAUGCAUCGCGCUCCCGGCCUGCUACUCUCGUCUCCCGCCUAUCCGCCUCGACUCUUGCGGCCACCGCUCUCCAGCAAAUCCCCAGCAACUACCUCUCCCUCGCCAAAAGCCUCCUGGCCAUCGCAGCGAAUAACAUACCGCUUCUCUCCGCCCCCACUCCCUUACCCGAAGCAGAAGAAGUCUUCACCUUAGACGCCCCCGAUUACUUCAAGAGCCGACAGGCGCCGCAGGAAAACGACCUCAGCAGCAACACACUUCCACCACCCAGCUACGCCACCUCCCCACCAACACCCACACAACCGACGGAACCAACGUCCCCCUCGCAGACCGUCCACUUCUCGCACCCAUCCUCACUCUCGCAGGUGGUAUCGCAGGCAUCCAGCAGCAGUACCGGCCGCUGUCCCUCCUGCUCCCAGCUGCAGCUCCAGCUGCACCUGCUCACGCUGCAGAACGAAGCCUAUCUCGCACAGCGGGACUACCUGCUGCAGCACCAGCAAUCACCCGGCUGCACUGCCGCCUCCCCCGGGUCGCAAGGGCUGCUGGCGCUGGUCAUCGCCAACGCGAUCCGCGCGCUGUUCCUUGUGGCGUUUCUGCUGUGGCCGUAUGUGGUCCGGCUGUCGUGGAAGGCUCGCGAGUGGGAGAACGAGUGGGAGAUUGGGGGGCGCGUGAGGACCUGGGGUUGGAGGUGUGUGGGCAUGGCUUGGACGGUUGUUGCCAGUGCCGGCAAGGAGCGGCAUAUUGGCGUUGGAAGGAGGGCACAGGCCGAGUGGGAGGUGUGGGCUAUGAGAGGGAUGGAGGAGGUGGUCAGUGGUGUCGGGCAAGGUGUUCGGGAAGGACUCGGCCUUUGGGGCGUAAGAGUCGAGGGGACGAUGUAACGAUGGCGCCUAGCGAAUGAUGAGAGACGGCGUCAACGACAACCGAGAUUUAUGAUUACCACACGGCACGACACGACAUACGGAUUGGAGAAACACAUGGACAGAGCAUAGAUUUCUUAUUUGCAUAUUUGUUUAUAGAGCAAGUCGUCUUCAAGCAACA